UAUUAGCAGCUAUGCAUUUCUGGACGGUCUCAUUGAAUAAGGUGUAAGAGGAGUGUAGGUCACAUUGAAUUUAAAGCUACCCUUGUGUUAUUUGUGGAUUCAUUUUCUCCAGAAGAACCCAGAGAGGGGAGCAGAACGAAGGGUUUUGCUAGGUUUUUUGAUUUCUUCGAUCUAAAUUCACGAAAAAAAUAUCCCCAAUCUCUUUUCUCUAAAGAAAUUACAACAAAAUAUGGGUAUCUGGAGGAUCAGUUCUCUUAACACGUUGAAAUCCUUAAACAAACAAUUUGGAGGGAAGUUUAGAGCAAUAUCUGUAGGUUCAUCUACAUCUAUAUCUCAGACAAAUCCAUCCUUCAGUUUAGAUUCAUCUGUUAGACAUUUCAGAGCUGGUCGUAACAAUCGUGAUGACAUAAAUUACAGAUUUGAAGCAACUCCACCAACGAAUUGGGGUGUUCGGAUUAUACCUGAAAAGAAAGCUUUUAUUAUUGAAAGAUUUGGAAAGUAUGAGAAAACCCUAACUUCUGGAAUUCAUUUAUUGGUUCCAUUUGUUGAUCGAAUUGCAUAUGUUCAUUCACUUAAAGAAGAAGCAAUUCCGAUUCCGGAUCAGUCUGCUAUUACUAAAGAUAAUGUCAGCAUUAUGAUUGAUGGCGUGUUAUAUGUUAAGAUUGUGGAUCCAAUAUUGGCAUCAUAUGGUGUUGAGAAUCCUAUUUUCGCAGUUAUUCAGCUCGCUCAAACAACAAUGCGUAGUGAACUGGGUAAGAUUACACUGGAUAAAACCUUUGAGGAGAGAGAUACCCUGAAUGAGAACAUAGUGAAAUCUAUCAAUGAAGCUGCUAAAGACUGGGGGUUGCAGUGUCUGAGAUACGAGAUACGUGAUAUUUCUCCUCCACCUGGAGUGCGUGCAGCUAUGGAGAUGCAAGCAGAAGCAGAACGUAGAAAACGAGCUCAAGUUCUCGAGUCAGAAGGAGAGAGACAAUCCCAUAUUAAUAUUGCUGAUGGAAAGAAAAGCUCCGCUAUCUUAGAGGCUGAAGGAGAGGCAUCAGCUAUCUAUCUUAGAGCAGAGGCAACUGCCAGAGGAAUUGAUUUAAUAUCAGGAUCCAUCAAGUCAAGGGGAGGCGCUGAGGCGGCAAGCUUGAGGGUUGCUGAGCAAUAUAUCCACUCCUUUGGUCAAAUAGCCAAGCAUGGCACAACAAUGUUAAUCCCGAGUGAUAUGAAUAGUCCAGCAAGUAUGAUUAGUCAAGCUAUGAGCAUAUAUAAAAACCUUAUGGGCAAGAAUUCUUCCGAUGCUGCUGGUGAUGACAGUGGACACCGUCAGAUUGCAGACUCUGGGACUUCACAUGAUGACAACUUAAAUGAAGAUGUUGAUGUGGAAAAUGGUAGCAUCGAAAAAUCCCCUGCUCGGCACUCAGAUUCACAUCCUGGCGAACCAGUUUUCUCACUUCAGGGCCAAAAGAGAGAAGAUUAACGUUGAUAUAUCAUCUGACCUUAGUUCUUAAAAACUUUGUUCACGACUGUGUUUUUCAGUUUUGUUAGAUCCUUCAUAGCCAUCACAUUCGCUUCUCUAAACUUAAAAGACAGUCCAUUGAGUUAUUUGGGAAAAUGGAAAUGCAAAUUUGCACCACAAUUCGUUUUACUGUGUUAAGAGACACAACUAGUAUGCUCCUGACUAUAUUAUGUACUUGAGAGGUGCAAAUUUGACUUACUGGUGUCAAAACCUUUAAGAUUUUGGAUUGAAUCAGGUCCAAGUUGAAUCGAAAUAGUGCAAUAAUCUGGCACCUGAUUCGGAUAGCCCUCCUUGUGGAGUAUUUCAAUAAGGGCAUGUACUAUCUGCUUAACUACAGAUAAAUUAUAAGUUAUGUCUUCUUUAACAA